UCACACAGCAGCUUCACACACAACAGCCGCUGGAGACACACAGACGAUGUCACGGACAAGGAUUACCAAUAUUACCUAAAUGUUUUUAAUGCUUUUCUCAUUGUAAACACUAUUUGAAGGUGAAUAAAGGAGCUUUUGUGGAGUUAUGAUCACUGACGCCUGCAACCCAAGCAGCAAACUCUACACAGAAUGAGACCAUGUCUUCCUGGGAAAAGCUCAGGCAGAUGGAGGACAGAGUGGUGCGUUUCAGUGGUCAAGAGCUUGUCUUCAAACCAUGCGCUCAAGCCCCUGAUUCCCACCUUCUGCCUGGUGGUUGUGCUGAUCUAUGGCCUGGCUGACCGACUAAGAAACUUUGUUGCGGGCAUCUUUAUCCCACAGUACCACUUUCCAUAUCCUGUAGCUCUCUCCUUUGCGCAGGUUCUGGUUUCUCUCUUAUUCCUGAACCUCCUCCAUGCUCUGAACCUUGUGGCUCUCAAACCUUACUCCAGGUCGCUGGGUGAGCGGCUGCUGCUUCCUGCCAUCUGCAACAGCGCUCAGGCUGUGCUGACCAUGUGGGCCAAAGCCAGCAGCUCCAGUGCCAGCCUCUUCCUUGUAACAGUUCCUCUCCUGCCCUUAGUGACUCUGGCUCUUAGUUUCACCCUGCAGUUGAGGUCUCCACCAUCAAUCCACUCCUCUGUUCUGAUCUCCAUCCUGAGUGGGAUGGUUAUGGUCAUCACAGCAUCCAAAGGUCUUCAAGCCAUUGAGCCUCUGGAGUACAUCUAUGCGCCUCUGGCUUUGAUCCUUCACAGUAUCUCUCUUAUUGGCUUGACUAAAGUUUCCGAAGCGGAGCGCCAUCGCCAUCCGGAUACCCAAGCCUCUGCUUUUGACAUCUACCACACCCAGAUGGUCAACCAGAGCUGGCUGCUGGGUUUCCUGUGGCUGCUGCACCCGGACAACCCCUGGCAGGUGGUGAGCCAGAGCAGCUGGCACAGCCUGCUCUUCCACGGAUAUCUGCUGGCCAUCAUCCUGCUGGGAAUGGUGCUCAACUUCACGGUCGGCAUGUCCGCUCUGUGCGUUUCGCCACUUGCUGCAGCACUACUUUACUCAACCCGGCAAAUCGUCCAACCACUGUUACAGCUUUUGUAGAUCCACUACGCUCUGCUGAAAUUCUCUUUUUUCAAGUUUCGGUCCAAGUUUCCAAAGAUGAAGGUAUUCCAGCAAAUUAGAAUUGGGUUAAAUGUUUUCCACAAAAAAGGACAGUAGACAAUAAUUAACCAAUUAUCACUAUUUAACUGCGUUGUGGGUUGGACAAGAGAUAGUCAGAUUUUACAGGCUUAUCAUAAAUGCUUUACAUUUAUUACCAUUCUCUUGUAUCUUGUAAAAGGACUUAAUGCAUGUUUAAAGGCUUAAAGAAAACAUACUUACUCUUUUGGGACGGGGGUGUGGUCGAGACAAUUGGAGGUAGAGACAAACCAAUACUCAGUUAUUUUCAUCAAAUAUGAACAAACAUCAAGCCCCCAAGAAGCGUUAGACAGUAUUACUUUAGCUUUUAACCUAAUCACUGAGUCCUGCAGUUCUCUUUAUCUGUGGUUGCAGUCGCACAGGUCACAGGUGGGUUUUAACCCUUUGACGCCUUAUGUUGCUAAUUCGCAACAUCUAAUCCAGGACUCCGAUUAAUUUAGCGCCACCUUAUACAGAAAAAAAGGAGGAUAUUUUUUAUGCAGCAGUGGCAGUUGAGCAGGUCUUCCAAUAAUCGUAGGGUCGGCGGUUCGAUCCCCGCUCCUCCCAGUCAACUGUCGUUGUGUCCUUGGGCAAGACAUUUCACCUUCCCUGCCUCCAGUGUGGCUCCACUGUGGAUGUGCAUAAAUGUCCUGGUGAUGCUCAGAGGGACCGUAGGCGUGAACUGGCAGCCACGCCUCUGUCAUCACCAAGUAUACAUAAGGAGUGAAUGAAUGAUGGACACAUUGUAAGCGCUUUGAGCGUCUGGAAAAGCGCAGAUACAUCCAAUCCAUUAUUAUUAUAACUUUUAAGAAAUUCAGGCAUGAAGGGGUUAAAAGAAAUUCACAAAAUUACAUCGAGAAGAUUGGAUCCCGUGGUCAGAGAAGGGACAAACCUGAUGACGCGUGCACAACGCCCUGUCUGAUCUCAUCAAGAUCACAGUGUUCUUUCAAAAGAAUUCUUGAUGAAUAGUUUCCUUUAGGCUGCCUGAUUUCUAAGCUGUGAAAUCCUGACAAAAUGUAAUAUCUGCGUCAACAUUAUUACCUAAUUAUAAAAGAAAAGGCUCACUUUGGCAGCAAAUGUUUAAUCUUCUGAGUCCUAAUUACAGUAUUUAAGGGACCAAAGUCCCACUUUUUUCAUCCAGCAUUUGGUUUCUAACCCGUCACUGUCAGGGUUUGCCCUUAAAUGAAUCGGAAUUCUGUUUUUUCAGAUGAGGAAGGAAACCAACAAACAAACUUGUUUGCACUUGACACAGACUGUUGGACUCAAACUAUGACUUUUUUUCUGCUCAUCAGUGUUAAAAGAAUAUUUAAACUAAUUUAAGUGAAUUUUGAACCAGUUUGGUUAGGGUUGCCCUUAAAUGACUCACGGCUGUUGUGCCUGAUGAAGACAGGGACUUCUAAUGGAAGAAGAGUGGGGCUGCUGUUCUCAGUCAGUUCAGUUGAAUGUGGAAAUAAUAUGUGUAGUAUAUGUAUUGCAGUAAAUUUCAUCUGCAUGCAUUCAAUAAACUAAAAGGAAAAAAAGUUUUGCUAAAAUGUCUAUUUUUUUAUAACAACAGUUAUCACACAUAAAGAGACGUUUUUAUUUAAACUGGUAUUAAAAACAAGCAUGGGUGAAGCAUAAUGGAUGACUUUAAUGUCACUUUAAAGAUGAAUUAUGUAAUUUUUUGAGCUAAAUGUCUUGCAGAAAUUUGUUUUUCAUUUUUUAUUCAAUGGGCAGUGGAGAAAGGAAGGCCUGUUGUUAGUUAAUUUGCAUGGUAUCGCAAAACUUAAAAAAUACUUCAGUUGUAUUUUAUUGACUUUGACAGUUGUUUAAUAGCUAGACAACAGUGGAUGCAGUUGAUUUUUCCCUUUGCAGAAGCAUGUCUGUUGAAAUAAACAAUCGUACUUGCA